AUGUCGGGAAAUAAACCCCACCCGCCAAUUGAGGCCAUCAGACCCAAAUAUCGUAGAGGUCUGCAAGGCGACCAUAGAAGACCUCGACCCAGUCCUGCUAAACGACGCCGACAACACAAAGAAGGCUUACAUCGGGCACAAACUCUCAGAGCCAGAUAUGCCAGGAUCCCGAAGGACAUCGCCACUCAUAGGCUGAACAUCGACCCACUCUACCCGCCGGUACGACAGAUAAGGAGAAAAUUCAAUGCCGCAAUCAUUGAAGCGGUUAGCGAAGAGGUAGAUAAAUUACUCACCAACGAUUCCAUCAGAGAAUCAAAGUAUCCCCAAUGGGUCGCCAAUAUGGUCAUGAUAAAAAAGAAGAACGGGAAAUGGCGAAUGUGUGUAGACUUCACCGAUCUGAACAAAGCAUGCCCGAAAGAUUCCUUCCUGCUACCCUAUAUCGACCAACUGAUUGAUGCGACAGCAGGGCACGAAUUGCUGAGUUUUUUAGACGCCUACUCCGGUUACAACCAAAUACUAAUGGCCGAAGAAGAUCAGGAAAAAAUGACUUUCAUCACUCACCAAGGAACUUAUUGCUAUAAAGUGAUGUCGUUCGGACUCAAGAAUGCGGGGGCCACUUACCAGAGGUUAGUCACCGAAAUGUUCAAAGAACAGCUCGGCAAAACAACGGAGGUCUAUAUCGACGAUAUGCUGGUAAAGUCGGCAAAGAAGGAGGACUACAUUAGCCAUCUAAAAGAAGCCUUCGAGAUAUUGAGGCGGUAUGGGAUGAAGUUAAACCCGGAAAAGUGCGCCUUCGGCGUGGCCUCAGGGAAAUUCUUAGGCUUUCUCGUGUCGCAACGGGGAAUCGAAGUCAACCCAGAUCAAAUCAAAGCCAUCGACACAAUACAUAAGGUGCUGACCAGCAAAAAACAGGUACAGAAGCUAACAGGGCGAAUUGUCGCCCUGUCGAGAUUCAUUUCACGAUCCUCGGACAGAUGUCACAAGUUCUUCAACGUAUUAAGAAAAUACCACGAGCUGCAAUGGAACGAGGAAUGCAUCGACGCCCUGAGGAAGCUAAAAACGUACAUGUCCUCACCACCACUACUCGUCAAAGCAGACCCAGGUGAGUGCCUACUCGUAUAUUUGGCAGUAUCCAAAGUCGCUGUCAAUGAGUCUUGGUCCGCAAAAACAAAGAGACUACAGAGGUAUCAGUCGAAAAUCCGUAAACUAGUGCCGGAGUUUGACGAAUGCCACCUCGACCAGAUCCCCAAGGCACAAAACAUGGAAGCAGAUGGCCUCGCCAAAUUAGCUGCGGCCACCAAAAAUAUUAACAAGGAAAGCGUGAUCACCCUCCUUCACUCAGCCAUAGACCACAUCGAGAUACUUUAUCUAAACCUAACUUGGGACUGGCGAAACCGCAUUGUGUCCUAUUUACCGGAUGGAAUACUCCCGCAAGACAAGAAAGAGGCCAAGAAACUCCGGGUGCAGGCGGCUCGAUACAGCCUGGUAAAUCAUGACCUCUACAAAAGUACAUUUGGCGGGCCCCUAGCCAAAUGUCUUGGACCGCACCAAACUAGGCAAGUACUGGAGGAAGUACACGAGGGUCACUGCGGCGCCCAUACAGGGAAUCGCGCCCUCGUUCGAUAUCUCAUUCGCGCCGGCUAUUACUGGCCUACUAUGAAAAAAGAAGCCGCGGACUACGUCCGGAGAUACGAGCAAUGA